AAAGUAGGACUAGUUUUUUCAAUUCUGAGAGAGUGGUCGUUUGCUUGAAAUUGCAAGGUAAGGAACCCGCAGAGAGUGAGGAGAGAAAAAGCAAAAGCUUCUCAUUCUGUCUUAGGGUCCCAACACAACACGCACCGAUCCACAAUCACCAACAAAACUUCUACUUAGGAACUGCUAAAUCAGAAACCAUAAAAUUAACAAACUCGAUUUUUCGUAAUAUUUAAGGAAAUAGAACAAAAAACACGAAUUGAUAUUAAAAAUGGUGUCGGCGAACAAGGAAAUGGUUGUGUACUGUUUCGACACCCUCGUUGCUCACUACACCAGCGAGGAAGCUCCUCCUCCUGCCUUCGAUGAGGGUCAACACCCAUUGUUUGUCACAUGGAAGAAAGUGGUAAAUGGUGGGGAGCCUCGUCUUCGUGGAUGCAUCGGUUCUCUAGAAGCACGGGGCUUGAUCAAUGGUUUCAGAGAUUAUGCACUGAACAGUGCUCUCAGGGACCGUAGAUUUCCACCCAUACAGGCUAAAGAGCUUCCUUUCUUGGAGUGUACAGUCUCUAUUCUUACUGAUUAUGAAACUGCUAAUGAUUACCUUGAUUGGGAGGUAGGAAUGCAUGGUAUAAUUAUUGAAUUUACUGAUCCUGACUAUAACACCAGGCGAAGUGCCACAUACCUUCCUGAAGUGGCUGCCAAUGAAGGUUGGACUAAGAUAGAAGCCAUUGACUCUUUGAUACGCAAGGCAGGUUAUAAUGGUCCAAUCACAGAGUCACUGAGGAAGAGCAUACAGCUGACCAAAUACCAAAGCACCUUAUUUACUAUGCACUAUGGUGAAUAUGUUUCCUAUGUGAAGCAGACAAGAGGUGAAGCUCCAUCUAUCGUUGCCACUAAGUUGGGCACCUAGCUAUUCUUCCACACACCCUUUUCUAAAGCUGCAUAGCUUCUUUGAUGAAAGAAAUAUUACUAUUUCCAAAUGAAAACAAUUUGUUUGGUGCAGUUUUAUUCCUUAACCGAACUACUUCUGUGACUGGUGCAACUCUCCACAUUCUUCAAAUUCAUUUGAUUUUGAAGAAAUUAAUAACACUGGACUCAGAUUCUGUGAACUGAUGUCAAGUGGCUUCAGAAAGCAGCAUUGUUGUUAAACUCCUAAUGUCAAUCCUUGUCAAUUGUGUGUUUGUUAGAACUGUUUUGUUUCUUAUUGGAAACUGGAAUUUCAACCUCUGUCCGUGUUGUGAAUUACGAAUUCAUGAUUAUUAGAACUUUAUAUGAUGAUAAUUCU